AUGAACCGCAUCAAGAACGGCAUCUCCCACCUCCACCUCCGCUGCACUUUGAGGCGGCUCAAGAACGGGCCCGGCCUCGGAAACUGCGGCAGAGUUAGCUGCGCUGGUCGCUCCGACGCCUGGUGGUGCAACGGUGAACGAAGCAUAAAGGAACUCGUAUCAUUCGGCUCCAUCGCCGGCGGCGCUGAAGACCUUGUGGAUGGGUGCCAGAUCGACAGCGGCCUCUCGGCUCAGAUGGCAGGGCAGGUGUUUUACAAGACGAACUGGAAUCUUGUUGUGCACUGGGACGGGGACAACUGCCGCACGUUACUGCCCUAUGACUUAGGCGGCAAUGGUAGAAACUGGAGACCAGCGGCCUUCUGGAUGCAUGCCUGGACGGGACGGCCCAGGAUGGGCUUCCUGAUUGGGUGA